AGCAGGAUGUCGGGUAGAGGCAAAGGCGGGAAGGGGCUCGGCAAAGGUGGCGCUAAGCGCCACCGCAAAGUGUUGCGCGACAACAUCCAGGGCAUCACUAAGCCGGCUAUCCGCCGCCUGGCUCGGCGUGGCGGCGUGAAGCGCAUCUCGGGGCUCAUUUACGAAGAGACUCGCGGUGUGCUGAAGGUCUUUCUAGAGAACGUGAUCCGGGACGCAGUCACCUACACGGAGCACGCCAAAAGAAAGACGGUGACAGCCAUGGAUGUGGUCUAUGCUUUGAAGCGCCAGGGGCGCACUCUCUACGGCUUCGGCGGUUAAAACUUUCCACUCCCGUGUGUACAUUUCGCGAACCCAAAGGCUCUUUUAAGAGCCACCCAGUUUGUCUUUUGAAAGGGCUGUGUCGCCGU